CCGCGUUGUGACGUGAUUUUGAAUAUGUGGACUUUUUAGCUAUUAUUUUUAUAUCUUUUGUUAUAAAAUUAAUUACUAAAGUUCUUAAAUCUUAAGAUUACAAUUAAAAUGACAUCGAUCACCACCAAUAGAUCAUUAAGCGGAAUGAUCAAACUGGUGCGCAACAGAAGUACGAUUUGUCUGUUCGAUGUUGAUGGAACUGUUACAGAUCCUAGACAGCCAAUCAACCCGUCUGUGAGAUCGUACUUGGUCGAUGAGCUGAAGAAAAAAACACUCAUUGGGUUGGUGAGUGGUUCAGAUGUAUCAAAGAUAGAUGAACAGCUUGGAGGCCCAGAAUACACAGCCCAAUUUGACUAUGUAUUUGCAGAAAAUGGUCUGGUUGCAUUCAAGAAUGGUAAAGAAUUAAAAAAACAAACAAUUGUUGAUUAUUUGGGCGAAGAAAAACUGCAAACAUUCAUUAACUUUGCAUUAAAUUACAUGUCAAAAAUACAAUUGCCAGUGAAACGUGGUAAUUUUGUAGAAUUUCGAACUGGCAUGAUCAAUAUUAGUCCUGUUGGUCGGUCUUGCUCAAAAAUUGAACGUGACAAUUUUGAAGAAUAUGAUAAAAUUCAUAACAUCAGAAAGAAAUUCAUUGAAAACAUUAAAGAAAACUUACCAGAUAUCGGUUUGACUUAUAGUAUUGGUGGACAAAUAAGUUUUGACUGUUUUCCUAUAGGAUGGGAUAAACGAUUUUGUCUACGCUAUAUUGAGGAUGAGUUUAAAGGGAAUAUACAUUUUUUUGGAGAUAAAACAUUUGUAGGAGGAAAUGAUCACGAAAUUUUCAAUGACCCGAGGGUGAUUGGACAUACAGUUAUUAAUCCAAGAGACACUAUUUUGCAAUUAAACAAUCUGUUUAAUAAAUAAUAAUAGAAUUUAAAGCAUUAGAAAUAAAUUAUAUGUACAAUUUAGCUCUUAUGUGAGAGUAAAUAAAAAUAAAUAAAUAAAACAAAGAAUUAUCACAACUGCAAUACAAAACAUAAGUCAAUGGUAAAUGUUAUACAAA